AUAAAAUUGUAAAAAGAAGUGGAGGAUCUAUUUUAUUCAUGAGGGUUCAAUCCAAGUGCACACGUAGUCGCUGAGAUCUUAUAUGCGCAAGUGAUAUAUGGUGAAUAUGAGAGCGAUUCAGCUCACCGCAAUACUCCUCAUCGUGGCAAUAUUGUCCGCUGCAGCUGCGAAUAAUAUCAGCGAACAAUGCAAGGUUCACAAUGAGAGUUGGAUUACGUGUAGCUGCAUCGGAAACGAGGAAUUUUACCUACCGGAGGAAUAUGAUUACACGCAUAUUACCAGAAUGUCUAUCACGGGGUGCGUCUCAGUGAAUCUUCAUUACUCGAGUCUACCGGAAGCAGUUGACCUCGAGGAGCUAAUAGUCCAGGAUAUCAGCAGUCAACUAAUCUUCAACAUCUUCAUCUCGUCGAAACGGAUGAAGCUGCUGAAACUAUCGAACAUCGGUCGGAUACCGAAGAUCUACAACCUUACGUUUAUGAAUAUUGUAUCAAUCGAAAAGUUUGAGAUGACGAAUACACUUAUCGAGAACUUCGACGAGGAUUUCAACUACAUUAACGUGGCGCAUCUUCUCAUGACCAACGUCACGAUUAAGCGGAUCCACAAGUUGAACUUCUCCGAGAAGGGAAAGACUUUGAGCAUCGUCAACAGCGAGUUGAGGAACGUCGAAACGUCCCUGAACAUCGCCAACUUCCUGAACAUCGAGAUCAUUGGUUCCAAGUUCGAGCUGCAGAAACCGGGUCUGGUGUCCAUCCAGAGCGACGUGACGGUCGUGAAGAACAGCGUCUUCACGAACGUGAGCAUGAAUCUGGUGGCUAAGGAGGCGAUCACGAUAAACGGCAUCUGUGCUAUCGGCAAAAGCACCCUGAGACUCGCGUCCAAGUACAUCGACAGCACGAACAAUCGUCUGCCGAACGAGAUCGCCUAUCCGAGGGACAACAAUCAGAAGCCAGAGUUCUUCACGAAUCGUAAUAACACGGUUUGCAAAGCAGGCAACUGCAAGUGCCUGAUGAACAACGGGCAGACUUCGUGUCAAUUAAUCAUCCCGACGUUUAUUUUCGGCUGCUUGUUAAUAUCAUUACUAUCGAGAAGCUUUCAAUAAUUAUAUUGUAUUUUGUAAUUUGAAAAAAAUAUUUGGUCGCUAUGUCGCGUACAAAAUAAUUCCGAAGGGAAUAUCUGAAUUUUUCUGGACUUCGAAUUUUGUUUUGUGUGGAUUAUAUAUACAUAUAUUGUUGUGCAAUGUAAUUACUCAGCUUUGAUGCGACUUAUAGAAAAAAAUCCAUUUUACUGAAUUCUUGAUUUAGUUGCUUUUCCUUUUAUAUAAAAUAACAAAAUUUUUAUAUAAACAAAAUAUAAUUAAAUCUUAAUUAAUUUAUUGUAAUUAAAUUAAGAUAGAGAAAUUAGGAUGUGCGUGUUAGAUAGGAGAAUUAGAAGUAGUACAAGAUUAAACUUAAUAAAUUGAUGAAUUAAACUUAAUAAAUCAUUUAAGUUAAUAUAAAUUAUAGUGGAUAAAUUGCGAGCGCUUAAAUAUAGUACUUUGUAUAAUUGUGUAAUAUUAUUAAAAUUAUAAUUUAUUUGUCAUUUAUACAUAUAUACAGAAAAAAGUACGCAAUAAUUCCUUAAACGUGUCAAUCUAUAUGUAUUAUUAGUGUAGAAACAUAUUUUUUUGUUUUAAUAUUUUGUUGUAGAAAAAUAAGAUGUAUGUGUUAAAAUACAAAAAAAAGUUUCGGUAUUUUAUUUAUUUGGAAUUCGGUUCGGUAAAAAUUGUGUAUUUAACGAUGAUUUAAUAAAAGAUUUUAUUGCAUAUCCCUUUAAUGUUUGUUAACAAACACUAAAGGCAUGCAAUAAAAAAAUUUUUGUUUGUUAAAAACACUUUUUGUUAACAAAACAAUUUGUUAAAGAGACAAACUCAAUCUAAAGAUAUUCAAUAUAUUUGAAUAGAGAGAUAGAAUUCCAAAGAUGUAACACUGCUGUAGCUUGAGUAUUUAAGUUUUGAAUCUUACAAAAUCAUUGCUACAUAACGUUAUUAUUGUUGUCAAGUAUGUACAAGUUUUUAAUGUAUGUAACAUCAUUAUGAACAAACUUUGACAUCGAUUUAGAGAUUUCGAUAAUGUUGAACUUAACGUUUUUAUCAGAUGUACCAAUAAAAUGUAUUAUAUCAA